AGUUUCGCUUUACGCGGAACUUUUUUCGUCUUCUCGGCUCUCCCUCCACUCCUUUCUUCACCCACAAGCAACCUCGCCUCACCCCACAACAACGACAAUGAUGCGGCAGCUACUCCUCUUGGCAUCAUCCUUUCUGGUCCUGAUACCGUUAGUGGUGAUUGACGCCACAGGGGCAGAUCCAAUUUGUGAGGAUCUGAUCGACUAUACCUACAGCGAAAUCUACGCCAAUGACACUAUCGUUAGGGCCAACUCGCCAUGCACUUGUUUCGCAGAUCCCUUCAGUAGUUAUCAAGCGUACUCUGUCAACUGCAUCUUUGACUAUUGCCAGAAAUGCAGUGAAGAUCUAUGCAUCGUCAAACACGAUGCUUAUGUUUACGAUGCCGCUAUUCUACAAAAUGAAGAAUCCCUUGCCUCCGAUGCCUUGUCGUCGGUCUUCUUCCGACACUACUUUGGCCAGAUCAUAGAGCAGGUAGAUCUCUAUGAAUACACGGAAUUGUCAGUCGGAUCCACCAGUACAGGAUGUGCCGUGGAGGUCACCAAUGAUUUGGGCGAGUCCACCACAAUUUGCGCUUGUCAUUAUCAGGACUGCGACAAUGAUGGCAGCCGAGAUCGGCAUUUCAGUUACAGAUGUCCAGGAUACGACGACACAACCGGUACAAAGACGGAUGUUGUCUUUGGACUGUGCGACGAGUCACAAGAUACCCAUGUUCCGUCCAACUUUCCACGGAAUUGGCCCUUGGUGGCGCUGGAUCCGGUGCGCUAUGACUUUGCCUUCUGUUUUGACGUGGACAAUGCGGAUCUACUGAGUGGCGAUGUUGUAGCAGGACUAGGAUCGGGAGCAGCCUCCCAAACGGAGAAUCUUAAUGGAGGAAAUGCGACACGAGCUUUGAUGCUGCAGGACAUGGUGGAAGAGCAAGGAGGUACGGAUACAGAUGAGGUGGAGUCCAUUCUAGAGGAAUACAUAGCAGACGAGGGCGCACAAUGAUGACAUACUGAAGGUUGUGAAGUGGUUGUUUGCCUGCAGGUGAAACUUAAUUUAAUGCCCGGCUCGUUGGUUGGUGACCAAAAGGAGCAACCUGGGAAAAUUGACAAUGGCUACAUUGUUUUUCAUACAUUUUGCAACCGGCGGGUUGAUGUUUGACACAAAAGCAGUCCUCUCCUCCAGCUAUCCGCUUGGGUAGCUUCUCAUCCAAAAAAGUUAACCUGGAACAGAUCGAUGGCUCAGGCUUCUUUUAAAAGAGUAGAAUCAAAGCAUCUCAGCAACAGGCAAAAGUAGUCAAGCAGAGCAACGAGGUGGAUCUCUUUUGUCCCUCCUCGCACGGCGUAAAGUGCCCAUUAGCUGAGGUAGGAGGUAAGAUUAGAGAGAAAACCAUCUUCGGUGUGAACCUUGACUCUACUCUCCGAAUUGCGUGAUGCCCACUGGCCUAAUGGACUAGCAACUCUGUUGGAUGUGGAUUUUUUUUGGUACACGAACAUCUUGUUUACAUGAAAACCUCAAAAGAGGUCACAUGCACGUCGGGCUUCCUUCCAUUCCCC